AAAAAAGUAGCUUGUCGAUCUUUCACUUAAUUUGUAAGUUCAAUUUCGAUUAGUGCCAUUCUAGACACCAAAUUUGAUACCCCUAUUUCUGAGUUUGUUACUUGGAGUAGUGCACAAUUAUUCACUUGGCUAAAUUUUUCAUGACGAAUUAGUAUCAUCAAAGUGCUAAAGCUGAAACACUGAUUGUUUUCCAUCUGAAAACUUUGAUCUCUGUUCCCUCCACUUUUUAAAAUAUUUUGAUCUUUGUGCAAAUUCUUCCCAUAAUCAACUCCCCCUAUACAGACGAUUCUCUGGGUAGUAUUCACAUUUAAUGCUGCACACAAACUAUGAACGCUAUCAAACAAUCUUCUUCUUACAUACGUCCAAUCCCAUCUACAGUUCUCAGAGCCCUUCAAUGGACACAACCUAACCCACCCUACUCCCACAAAACCCCAUCAAUUUUAGCCACUAACCUCAUUAAAUCUUACUUUGAUAAGGGUUCAUUCAAGGAAGCACGCCAACUGUUCGACCAAAUGCCUGAUAGAGAUGUUGUUGCAUGGACAGCCAUGAUAGCUGGUUAUACAUCCUGCAACGUCGAGUCGUUAGCUUGGUCGAUAUUUUAUGAAAUGCUUAAGGAAGGAAUUACACCAAAUGGGUAUACUGUAUCCAGUUUGUUGAAGGCUUGUAAACGGAUCAAGUCUUAUACUUAUGGAGCUUUAGUUCAUGGACUUGCUAUUAAGCAUGGUUUGGUGGGUUCCAUAUAUGUGGAUAAUUCUUUGAUGGAUUUAUAUGCUACUUGUUGUAGUACUAUGAAGGAAGCAUGUAUGGUUUUUCGUGAUAUUAAUCCGAAAAAUGGUGUUUCAUGGACAACUUUGAUUGCAGGAUACACGCAUCGUGGUGAUGGAUAUAGUGGUCUAAGAGUUUUUCAACAAAUGUUAUUUGAAAAUCCUGAGCAAAGUGCAUUCAGUUUAUCAAUCACAGUAAAAGCUUGUGCUUUAACUGGAGAAAGUUCCCAUGGCGCACAAUUACAUGCUACAAUUGUUAAAUAUGGACUUAACUCGAGUCUACCUAUCAUGAAUUCCGUUUUAGACAUGUAUUGUCGGUGUCAAUGUCUAUCCGAAGCUAGCCAAUGCUUCAAUGAGAUUCUGCAGAAGGAUUUAAUCACUUGGAACACUUUAAUUGUUGGCUAUAAACGAUCAAAUCCUAGCAAAUGCCUCUCUGUAUUCUCCUCUAUGGCGACACAAGGUGUCACUCCCAAUAACUUCACAUUCACGAGUGUUAUAGCAGCUUGUGCUGAUUUAUCACUUCUAACCUGCGGGCAACAAAUUCACGCUGAUAUUCUUCGAAGAGGUCUUGAUAGGAAUGUGGCACUCACAAAUUCACUCAUAGACAUGUAUGCAAAAUGUGGAAAUGCAAGUGAUUCAAGGAAAGUAUUUGAACUGCUGUCUUCUAAAGACUUGGUUUCUUGGACUUCAAUGAUGAUGGCUUAUGGAGUACAUGGUUAUGGCAAGGAAGCUGUUGGAUUAUUUAAUGAAAUGCUGAAAUCAGACAUCCAACCUGAUCGACUCGCAUUCAUGGCAGUUCUAAGGGCGUGUAGCCAUGCUGGCCUUGUAAAUGAAGGUCUAAGGUACUUUAACUCCAUGGUUAAUGAGUAUAAUAUUACUCCAGAUCAGGACAUAUAUAGUUGUAUAGUGGAUUUGCUUGGCCGAGCUGGGAAAGUCGAAGCUGCUUAUGAACUGAUUCAUAAUAUGCCAGAGAAUCCUAGUGACUCUGUUUGGGGAGCGCUACUUGGAUCGUUCAAGGCACAUAAGCUACCUAUUUUAGGUAAGUUGGCUUCCCAAUUUAUAUUAGAGGCAAGACCUGACAUGGCUAGGACUUAUCUGAUGUUAUCAAAAUUGUAUGCAUCCGAAGGGGAUUGGAAAGAUUUUGCGAAGAUGAGGAAAUUAAUGAAAGGAUUGGGAAGCAGAAAAGAGCCAGGUUGUAGUUGGAUUGAGUUGAAAAAUGAUGUGACUAGUUUUGUGGUUGGAGAUAAGGCAGGGCUUCAUAUAGAUAAGGUCUAUGAGGUAUUGAGUAUGAUGGUUCUGCAUAUGGAAGUAGCAGGUCAUGCUCCUGAUACAGACGGAGCAUAUUUUACAUGAUCCGGAAUAUUGGAUGUGACUCGUGAUAGCAAGAGAUUUCUUUCGAUCGUAUAUUAUGUUUUUGAGACUGACUGUUGCAUUUACAGAACUUUUAGGAGACUUGAAAACUGACAAGAAACCGAUCACAACACUAUAAUAUGGUGACAUCUUUUUUUACAAGAAAAGAGGGGGAACUUCCUGGAUCCUUGCUGCUAGCUGCGGAAGAAUGAAGGAAUCAAGUUUAUGUAGAAAUUAGAAUUAAAAAAGCAUAAAGUCAUAUCAUUAAAGAGGAAUCAUCAACUGAAAUUAAAGAUUUAAUGGUAGUUGCUACUUUUGUUCAUGAUGAAUUGAUUGCAGAAUGAAGGCAUCAACUUUGUGUCGAUCUAUGUUCAUAUGCAUAUCCACGGCUCAACCAAACACCGUCCCACAAUUAAUGUUGAAUUGUUAUGUGCUAACAACUUCUCAUCAAAUGCAUGAUAUACAUUACUAUUUAAUGGUAGUUGCUAUUUUUGUUUAUGAUGAAUUGAUGACUACAAUGCUAAUAUGGAAAUCCUUAAUUAGCUUGUUCUUGGGGUUUAGUUGUGUCAAUGUUUUUGACAUGAGAAAAUUAGUUCAGGAGGUUGUUAAUAGUUAUGUACUCUUCUCCCAUUUUUAGUUUAGUACUCAUUUCGUCCUACUUCCUUUGA